CUGUAUUUUCCAGUUCAUACACCUUCACGUCGAACCGGUCCACCAUCCGACGACCAUACCAUACGAUGCGAGCGGUAUUUCCUGAAGAAAAUUGAACGGCACAAGCAUCGUCGACUAGAACGGUUCUGUAUUUGUCCGGUCACUAAAUGGCUAUUGAUCAAAGAAAGGCUAAAUCAGGUUGACGCGAUGUUACAAAGAACAGGACGCUGUUGUUGGAUCAUAUGCUGCCCACCGUUAUGCUACAUAAUGCCGCGAGUAGCCCUAUGGCCACCACCUAAUGAAUACUUCUUUUAUGUGGACAAUAUACCGCCACGUGAACGAAAAGAAGUUGAAGGGCGGAAAGAGGCGAUUGAAAUCGCUUUACGGAAAAAGAAGAUCCCCAAAAUCUAUCGAGCUAACAAGUCCGUUUCCAGAAUCGAAGCUCGGGAAGAUGACAAUGACCGGUAA